AUGGAUCAGCUUUCUGCACAUAUUUUUGAGCUCAGGGAAAAAGAUGAAGAAAAGACCAAACAAAUCAAUGAUCUACAAACUAGUCUUGGAUCUGUUCUAGCUAAUUAUUUCAAUCUCAAGAACGUAUUGUACGAUGCUUUUGGUGAAAAAGUCAAAGCCCUCUUCCAACAGCCUCAUGGAGUAGUUGAUCCUCCUUCUGUUCAAUCACCUCCUGCAACUGAUUAUCUACCUGUUGACCCACCUGUUCCAAGAACAACUACCAUUGUCGACAUAUUUGAAAAGGAACCUGAAGGAAGCAGAGCCAGAAUCACAAUCAAGCAGGGAAAAAGAAUCAUAACUACAAAACAAAGUGAAGCCCUUUUAUUCAUGAAAAAUUCUAAUGAAAAUCGCAAAACAAAAGACCAUGUCUUGAUAGUAACAGAUUUGAAGAAAAGAAAGUUCGGUGAUGAGUAUGGUGACAGGACAGGCAUCCGAAUGUGGGCUUUUGAUCUAGUGAUGAAUUUGGCCCCAUUCCAUAACCCCUCUGAAGAUCCUAAUGCUUCAAAUUUCAAAAGAUUUCUCGACAGACAGGUAAAAGAGAACUUUCCAUCAAUGAAGAAUGCAAAAGCCCUAUAUAAAAAGGACAAAGAUGUUCUUGAUCCAGAAACAGGCGAACCCAUGAAGAUUAUACUCUGGCCUGCAACUAAGAAACAAAAGGAAAUCCCUAUUCCUCAACAUUUUCAUGAGGGAUAUCUAGAUGACAUGGAAUUUUGGGCAUAUGAUGACGAAACAGCUACUGCAACCAUCAAAUUCAAGAAUCGAGAACAUAUUUUGAGAUUGAUUAGUGCUAAAGAUCUUCUCCGCUUCAGAGAAAGGGAUAUACGAACUUUGGCCCAUCAUCAAAUCAUUUGCAGAAAGGAUGUCAUGGAAGCUGCUGCUAAAGAAUUCACUGCUAUGGUAGCCACGAUCAUAAAUGGAAGAUUUUGGAUGGGAUCAAUGGGGAGAUCAGAUCUGAGGUUGUUUGAGAAGCCUGCUGAGGAGCCAAAGGAGUGA